GGGCCCUGAGCUCUACGAGGCCAUCCAGAGGUUGCGCGAGGCGGGCGAGCUCCGGAGCGCGGGCGAGUACGCGGCCGUUCUCAAGGCGAUGGUCCACCGGAAGUCGGGCGGCUUCUCGGACGAGGCCGUCGAGCUCCUCGAGGACAUGAGGCAGCAGUCGAUCCAGCCGACGGCGGACCACUUCUGCAGCGCCAUGGCGGCCGCCCGCUGGGACCAGGAGUGGGAGCUGGCGCUCGCCCUCCACGACCAGGCCGGUUGCCGCGUGCUGCGCGCCAGGUUCGAGGAUCGAGGCGUUGGGCCGGUCCCCGUCCUUGUAACCCUCUGCCGAGAGGAUCGGCUACCGCCCCUGGGGCGGUACGUUUCCUACGAAAUGGUACUUUAUUAA